AUGCCUCCGACUCUCUUCCAGAAACUUUUCAACAAGAGAAAUGCCUUUUCGUCGCCGCCCCCGAGGUGUAGCAAAGAAGACCCAGCUUUCAGGUAGCUGUUUUGUGUGUGUGUUUGAGUGUGUGUGUGUGACUGGUUUGUGUGUGUAACGUUGUACGUGCAUGUGCUAACGUUAUUUAUGACUCCGGUGGUAUGAUAGGAGGACGUGGUUCUUAACGCGGUGGACAUGUUAAGAGUCAAAGCCACUUCUAAAAGAGUCGCCGUUGAGGUUUUUUUAAUUUGAUACAGACGUAGUGGGAUGUGAGGGAAAGUGUUGUGUGUGUUGGUUAGCUUACAUGCUAAUGCUAACGGCCAGACGUUAGCCCGUCUGCUGCACGCGCUGCCGUUUGUUGGGACUCGGUUGGUUCAUCAGUUGGCAGUUUGUUUCUGCGCGUGAACUCAACUAUCAUCGUUAUUUUGCCUUUAAUAACAAAAAGAUAAGAACCUGUUCAUUGCUUGUGUCUUUAUUUUUUAUAAACUCGGUUUUAUCGGUUUGAAGUUUCAUAAACUCCCCCUGUUUUCCCCCUUUGUCUCCCUCGCGACUCUCUUUGUGCUUCUUCUUUAACGGCGAAUAAGCCUGCGUGGCAAACACAAAACAACGAGCGAGCCGCGACAGUACAGUCAUACUCUUUGGUGACGGAUCUUGAUCUACGGCCAUGCUAACUUGGAGCAUCGUGCAGCUGGCUUCCUUCAGUCCCCACAGUUACUGUACUCUUCGGCCAGUGCCGUCAGAUAGCAGGAGGACACAGUGUGCUCUGUGCUGGACCACAUGUGAUCUCUUCAGUCGGUUACUGAUGACAGGCAGGUCCACGGCAAACCAAGAUGCAUCCUCCAGAGAGGCCAGAGUCAGCCUGGGGAUGCACUGUGUAAAAAUGUGUGCAAAAUCGCUUGUGUUUAAAGCGUUUGACUCAGGAUAAGAAAUGCCCAGUUUAUAGAAGUGAUGCUCUUUAACAUCAAAGUGGUAGGGCUUAAUUUUGGUGCUUAACGUUGCACUUGCAGCAGGUGCCUUGUGUGUGUGUGUGUGUGUGUGUAUUAAAGUGAAGCAGGAAGUACUUCGACUGCUUCCGUUGGAGAUGUAAAACAAUAUAAAAUAUCAGUUUUUGUUCAUCACAUCAGGCCUGUUUAAUCAAAAUUUAUCAUAUUGUUGUAUCAGGCAAGACAUUUCAUAUUACUCAUGAUAAUCAUGCUAAAGAGAAAAGCCUCUAUCAUAGGGCUGGGCGAUAUGGGAAAAAGUUUAUCAUGGUAUAUAUAUUUUUUUCAUAUCAGUCGAUAUCGAUAUAUAUCACAAUAUAAAAAAAAUGACAUUUAAAGGUCCUUUCACACCAGGAUAGUUUUUGUUGUGUGGUUAUUUCAGACGUCAAUAUAUUUUUUCGAACCCGUAUCCUGUCAAUACAAGUGUUGCUAUUGUGGCAUUUAUUUUUUCAGAUCAUUCCUGAAAGUUUCGCAUACUGUGUGUCCACUUUUUUGCAUGUUGUUUGCAUGUUGUUGCGACUUCAGAUUCAUCGGUAUAUCCAACAUGGCCGACCGGCUGAUUGUUAAUGAUCGUUUACACAAACAUUCCAAAGAUAGCGACCUGAAGGACAAUUGUGGAGAGUCAUAGCGUCGGAUUUCUGAUAUGACGAAGGUUUGUGUGCUUUAACAGUUUACUAAACGUCUUUGUUUUAACUGUCAUCCGUGCUAAGUAACUUUAGCUUGUAAUCUAACCUGUUCAGAUACAACAUACCAUAUGUAUUUUCACUGUCUCAAACUCAAUCAUGUUGCUCUCACAGCACCAUUCGGUCGCGGUUGUUACCUUGGGUUUAUGGAUUAUAGUUUAAUGUGCUUAUCUGAUACUGGCCCCGACUCAGUACAUGCUAUCAUGAAAGACAGCCAUCUCAACACUAGUGUCUAAUCAGAACUGAAAAACAGUCAGUCUGCUGUUGUGUCAGACUUCUCGCUUCCACCUGGGACGUGUCUCCCCCCCCCCCCCGGAAAGUCGCAAAAUCACAUCCCGCUUGAUGUGUAUAGUCAGGCGUGUCAAAAUUCGCCUCAGAAUAUUUCGUAAUUUCGCAUUCUAUAUUUGCGCUGGCCCCAGUGUGUAAGGACCUUUACUGUGCUUGUUGUUAGCAUGUCUUUUGCAAUACAAUAAGCUACUGCGUCUGUGAGGUCUUUGUGUCUCUUUGACGUUUUGUCGAUAGGCGUUGCGCUACAGAAAGUGGACUGAAUGGUGGUCUGUUUUGCAUUGCGCGUGCUCUGUCGCGUAGCACUGCUUCAGGUGGUGAAAAAGAUUUGAGGUGUUCCCCGACUUUGCUAGAACAUGUACUCGACAUAAUUUACAGUGCACAUCACUCUGCCUCAUGUUGACCUCAACAAACCAAAAUAACUCCACACCACCAAUGUUUUCAUGCCAGUGUUGUCAACAAUGUCGUCAUCAUCUAUGGUUGGGUAUAACUGCAGCUUGCUACUGCAAAGUUGUUUGCUACUUUGUUCUAAUUCAGCACGAAGCGGACCGGAGCAACUCCCCUUUUCAUCGGCUAUUCAUAUUGUCUACCAAAGCAUGGCAGAAUACCGAAUAUCAAAAAGCAUAUUGACCACGUUUUAUAUUGAUGUUGAGGGAAAUUAACUUCCAAUAUAUAUCGUUACUGUUUUAUCGACCAGCUCUACUCUAUCAUAUCUCAAGAUGCACUUUUGGUCGCCUAUUUUUAGGCAUAUAACAUCCUUCCUUGGAGGACUUUCCCUGUCCAUUGAUGAGGAUGCAGUAUGAAGGUGGAAAGUGUAGACUGACACCCAGAAGAUUUGUAGUUUGCUCCCCAGUUCCUGAACCUUGCACUUAGCUCAAAUUGCUCAUGAAGGCAUGGACAUUGGUGUGUGCCUGUGUAAUAGUGGUUAGAUUAGAUCCUGAUGAGCAGCCUGGCAUUUGAAUAACAUCUUGUGCAAUCAUUGUAUGAUUGUGUGUUAAAGGGUGAACGUGGCAGUAAUGUAGACACUUGUCGCCUGCCAGAAAUUGUGUUAGUAGUUUUUACCAUUCGCACACUCAGCAUGAUUGAAAACUUCCAGCAGGGGUUGAUGUUUGUUUUUUUAGAGAUUCAAGAAUAUAUUUUGAUAAAUAUUAGCUGGGUAAGCAUCUGCUGUUUAAAUCCUAGGCUAAGUUCAACCUGAAAGAGCAUUCAUGCAUCAUUGACCUGGCAAGUAGGAUACCCUAUACUCCCUUAGAUGAUCCUCAGUUUCCCUGUGUAUGUUCCCACACACGCAUUCUGGGUCAGGGUCAGGUCUGCCACCGAGGGGAAAGGACUCUUUUUAGCUUUAAACACUCUUGCACUGCACUGGAAAAUCUUACCCGUAGCCUGCUGUCACCCAUGGUGGAUAUAUAUACCGAAGGAUCAGAAAGCUCAACCUCCUUGUGGUGAUACUUAUCCUCUUGUGUCAUGUCUGUGCCAGUGCACGUUUCACGGUCAUAAAGAUGCCCAGUGUUGUAAAUUCUGUGUGUUUCUGGUUGGUUGGCUUUAAUCUGAGAGUAAAGAGGAAAACAGCAGAUGUUUAUGUCAACUCAGUGGUCAGGAGAACAUUCAGAAAUGAGUCUUUGCUUUUGAAAGGGAAGAAGAAAUCAUAUGAUAACUGUAAAAGAGAAGGAAGUGCAGAUCUAGAUAAAAGUUUAGAUGGAUAAGAAGUCAUGUGAAUCACAAAAUAGGGGAAAUGAUGAGAGAAAAGGUAAGGUCUUUUGUGGUCAGGAUUUUAAUGAAUAAGAGAGAGGAGAGGGAAAGCCAUUGAUUAUGAAUUGCAGAAAUCUGCCUUCAACUAAAAAGAGAUGUUUAAGAAUAAGAAUAACUUUAUUGAUCCUCAAAGGGAAAUUCAAUUGUCUGUCGUCUCGUUUGUAAAGUCUCUAAAAGUCAUCUACUAUUAACAGAAGAUUUGAAGAGUUUGAGUUGCUUUACAAAACACUUGGGCCUCCUUAAAAACAAAAAACAGUGGACUGCACUCAUAUGUGAAAGUGUUUUUUUGUAGAUGAUCCAGGUCCCUCUUCAGACAAAUUUUCGAUUACUUCAACUUUUUCCCCCCUCCCUGUCCUGAUGCUUUCCUGAUGUAAUUUGUCACCCAAAGCCCAGUCACAGCCCAGCUCUGUGCCCUCCAGAAUACCACAGGGGGUAGUAGGUUGGCUGACCCCGAGAGGAAAGCCUAAAAAGCCUCUCUUGUUUCCUUGGCUCAAAGACCAAGGGACAGCAUACUGUACAUUACAUGGAGAGCUCCUGGCUCAUCCCGCAGCCAGUCAGCAGCGUGAUCCUCAGCCAAUAGAUAUGUCCUCUCAACCCUCAGCCACAUGGCCUGUCCUGGCUGACCACUGCUGCCAGCUGAGGAAACUUCCCUCUUGACCCAGGGCCAUACAACUCAAUAUAGCUGCAUUUCCGUUCAAAUGUGAAAAGGAGUAGGCGUAAGAGAGACAGAGGAUAUGGGUUGGAUGUAAGAGGCUUUCUACUAGACCUCAAAACCAUGUCAAAGGUGUUGAAAAAGGUGCAGAUUCUUGCAAACAGUCAACAGUUGAGUCUUAUGUAAUGACUUAUUACUUUUUCUUGUUUCACUCAUGAUGUUAAAGAUAAAACAUUCCUGUUAGUGAAUGUUAGAUUCUCAAUAUCAGUCUAUAGAGUUUGAAGGAUGAGACACCCGGCGCAUGUACCCAAUAAUACGCUUUCUUGAUGCUUGUUGCUAUUUGAAGUUGUUACGAAGUGAGCAUUGACUAGAAGCUAAAAUUUCAAGACUUUGUUGCAAAUAUAAGUUUCAACAGAGUUAGCUGUAUUAUUAUUUUUGCUUUCAGAUCCUUGUAAGAAUGAUGUAGUUGUUGAAGUCUUGUCCAAGCAAACAUGCUGUUAUUGGCUCUGGACAAAAAUGGGAGCCAAAAAAUUCCCGCCGCACUCUUUACUUUUAUAAAAAUGUAGUUUUAUGACACCUCUAUCUUGAACAUGUAACCCUUUUAUAUUUACAUUUAUCAAUUUGGAUAGGGCACUAAGUCAUAUUGCAAGUUUGAUUAUCUGGCAACAAGUUGGGCAGCCUCAAUUUGGAUGUGGAGGAGGGGCGGUGUUGUGUUAAGCAACUGAAUGCUUCCAUUCACAUGAUGAGUGUCCGGUGAAGGAGGGAAAAAGAGGUAUCAAAUAGAGUAUCCUUAAGGUAUAUGUAUCACCUUAAGUGUACUUCACUGCAGCUAUCUUAAUGUCCUAAAUGAUACCCAGCCCUAUGACCUGUGUAAUCAUAUUUGGUAUCAGUUAGCAGCACACGUCAGGGUCAAACAUCUGAGAUUCCUCCAACCCCUGAGAAAUACAUGACGUUGCAUAUUGUCUAAGAUAAUUAUACACCACAUUAGAUUUAUGUAUGGCAAUGCUUAUUGCCUCAUAGUUUACAGGACAAGUAGUGUCUCAGGUUUCCGUCUGGCGUGGCGUCCUUCCUCCGCUGCGUACUUUCAUAACUCACCGUGUCAUGUGAGGCUUUCAUCAAUCUCAGGCUGUCAUGUUUGUUGGACGAUCACAUGGGCGCAUUCUCAGUCACAAGCAUGAAACUGCAAGCUAGAUAAGUACAGAAUGGUUUGCGUUUGAGUGUGUGUUCACUUCACACUUGUUACUUAUGCAUAUUCAUAGCUUUCUGGACAUUAUAAAUUUAUAUAUUUUUAAAAACUAGCAGUUUUAUUCACAAGGAUACUUUCUUCUUGGAGUUCAUGAAAGCCACAGGCUUGCCAGAGUUCUGUAAAGACAGCGGCUGUCAUCAAGUUCCUAUCAUGGCUAUUUUAAGUGGCCACACUCUGGCUUCUGGGAACUGCAGGGUCAUAGUAAAGAUAUAGUUUUACGUAAAAGCUUCACACACAUCACGCACACACGUGGUUUGUAUGUAGUUAGGCCUGCAUGCCGUCUUUCUGAGGACAUCGAUUCAACCACAAUGCAGGAUAUUUCUCUGCUCCUUGGUAAUUAGUGGGGUGAUGUCAACCACCAUGUGCCCUAUUUAGAAUAAGUGAACAUUGGAAUAUGGCUUUAUAACCUGCAUUUAAAGAACUGUAAAAGGAGAACUUAACAGGUUGAUUAUUUGUAUUUAGAGACAGGAGCAUGCACAAAUACUAGACCCACAAUUAUCAUGAAGUAGGGGUCAGUAUCCAGUUUUACAGUUUACAUAAAUAUUUCAUACAUGGGCAAAAUGCUCUAACUAGUUUUGUUCAUAUCAUGUCCUGUCAGCUGUGUUCUUACAAAAGAUGUCUUGAAUUGAGUAUGUUGUCUGCCUUAAAUACAGCCUUUUGUAAACAAACACGUCCUCUCGAUCGGUAAUCAUUCCUGAGGGAAUAAUGUUACGGCUGUAUUUGGAUUUUUAGUUUGGUUUUUCAAUUUGGUUCUGUAAUGAAGUGGAGUUUUUCUUUUAUUGCCCCAAAAGCAGUUUGAGUGUUAAUCAACAUUUUGAUCUUAAUGCAGAACUUGCAAUUUCAGAUAUUUGGUCGAAAUUUUGGGAUUUUUGGAAAUUCUCCCAGGCAUCCAUUGUAUCUUUAUUUGCAUAACUGUUUUUGUGAAAUUUUUUUUAACAUUUUUUCAGAAAAGGUGACCUACUGUUAUCUUCUUUGCAUCACAAUAAUGUAACAGCCCUUUUACCAAACUACUGAUAUCGUUUAUUUAAAAACUAUAUGUGAUCAUGCUUGGUCAGAGGAUGUACAUAAAAAAAGUUUUCGCUCAUUUGCCUUUUUUCUCGCAGAUUUUUAAAUCGUUGUUUAUUUGAUCUCAGAGCUGAGCUGCUUGUCAACUCAGGCAGAUAUUGUGUGGUAUGGCGUUAAAUAUCUACAGAUAUAACCAUCUGCGUGUUUAGUCUGCUGGGAUUCUGAAAGUCAACCCAAAAAGUCACCUAAUUAGCCUACUUUGAGACAAGAUAGUGACACAGAGGGGGGUGGGGGAGGUUGUUCUCAAGAAGAGAGUCAGGAUGUGCUGACUGACAGUAUAAUCACUUUACUUUAAGGCUCAGCAAUUAAUCAUGUCUAUCAUAUGACACUUUCACAACCAAACUGAGCAAAAGGGAAAGAAAAGUAUUAUUUUUGGUGUCAUACUUGUUGCAGUGGUCUAAUUAUGCAUUCAGAUCUGCUUCAAAAGCAAAAUUAACACCCUGAUUUCCACACAACUGUGAUAAGUUCAUGUGCUCUUUGUGAGGCGGUCAUAUGCUUAUCACUCUCAUCACUCCCUGUCUGUCAUGUGGUGUUGAUCCAGAAGACUCAGUCCUGUCCACUGUACACAAAGUCAUUAGAUAACACACAGACACCCUCACAUACACACAGUUAAUUUUUAUUGUGUUACAGAGUAGGGCAAGACCCGUUUGUAUCAUGUAGUUUCGAUCAAUGUUAGAUUUUUUUUCUACACAGUGUAGGUCGAUCGUGCAGCCAGUUUUUUUUUUAUAAAGACCCAAGCCAGAGAGAGUGUUAGUAAAACUUUUUGGGCUGUAUACCCACUGAGCAAUUGAUGGCUAUUAGACGUCUAGUUAUUUUUUAGACCUAAUUCCAACCGUCUAGAUUCUGUAUAUCUGUAGACAGAAUUUAGACGUUGCACUUUAACCCGCUGUUCGAUAAAUAUUUAUUUCAAAAAGCAACUGUGAGUUGCAUAACUGAUCUCCAAGUACUAAACCAACAUAAUUAUGAUAGCCGUUGAGCAAUAUACUGGUAGACCUCUGUUAGCUGGCUAGUCUAAACUUGAUCUAAAUUUAGACGUCUGAAAAACUUUCAUUUUUAGACCUGUGGUAGCCUGAUUUUAGACCAGUCGUCUAGACUACAUUUAGACGUCAAUUAGACCUCUUUUAGACCAAAAAAUGCUCAGUGGGUACUUUCACUAUAAAUUUACAAUAAUAGAACAAUUUCAAUUCAGUGACUCUCAAAUGUUCAAACAAGUUGAGUAUUCCUCCACCAUAACAACGUCUGUGUUUAUCCUGUCUACCAUGAGUUAUAUUUCUUGAGUGAAGUUUUAAGCAUCGAUUUAUUUCUCUGCACACCAAUAGACCCCCUAUAGAAUACAGAAUUAAACAGUGGGAAAUAACUUUUUAUUUUUAACAUUUAAAGUUGGGUUGCGUGUCAAAAAUUCUCCAACAGAAUACAUUUUAAAGUUUAAAAUGCAAAACAUCUCAUUGAGAUUCCAAACAGGAGUUUCAACACAUGGUGGGCAAGCUAAAACCUGCAGGUGGACCAGCUGCCGGCAUAUUUGUUACUGCUGUGUGAAAACCUGUGAAUCAGUUUCUACAAGUGAAAAGUAUUUUUUUGUGACUAUAAAGGACAGUAUACAUCAAGAAGUUUCUGUUACAUAAUAAUGCACACAUCAUUUUUCUUUGUAAUCACAUGCAUUUGUCAGUUUUAUUCUCGUUUCUUGUUCAUUUUCUGCUGUCAAAAUGACUUUAAAAGUUUUGACUCUGGUAACAUGAUAGUUGAUUUAGGCUGAUAUCUACCUCAGGCUGUACAGCUGCCCUGAAUCAACUUGACAAACAGUCAUUUGAAAGUGUUGUAGAGUGCAGCAACCUCAGGGCAUUUCAGCAUCUUCACAUACUCAGAAUCAUGUGACUGCUGGAAUGCAGAAGUCCAUGGCGCUAUGCAACCAGCAGAGAAACUGGCUUUUUAUGCAGGUAGUCAGGUGCUUUCAGGCUGUGUGGGCCAACUUUAAGAGAUAGUCACUGUUGCGCAGAAGAAGCAGUUGUUACUUCAGGGAAAAAGAAGAGAGAGAAAGAGAACAACAUACUUAUAGAAUUGGAUAUGCAUUUCCUCAAUGAGCAUUAUUGAAUGAAGCCAUCCAGUAUCACACAGAUCUAUUAAUCUGUUAAUCAGGUAAAAGUGACAGGUAUUGGACAUUUGUUGUUUGAGAUGGCUCACUCUCUCUGACUUGAUACAUCUCUGUUGAGACCUGUUCAACAACCUGUCUGCCUGUAUAUAUUUUAUAGCUGUCAUUUUUAUCCAUUAUGUUGUUAUGAAGAGUAUAUGAUACAGAGAAGAAGUGUAUUUCGUCUUGUUUUCGUCACGUGAUAAAUUAAAAUGAGUAUUGGUAAUAUUGCUGAAGAUCAAUCACAGAGAAUAUUUUAAAUUGGCGACCCUGGUCUUUUGAUAACUCUGAGUGUUGGCGUUAGUCUGCAGCAGAAACAUCACAUUACACUCUUUCGUUUGAGCUUUCACCGCUGAACUUAGCAGAAACCUCUGUUACACUCAGCCGGAAGAACGUCACUCAGCUUGGACUGAGGGAAUGUUUAUGUAACGGUCUCUCACAAACACCAACACACACUCGCUCACACAUACACACUCACACAUACAUGCUCACACAAGUGCACAGAUGUUUCAGUGGCAGUGGAGAGUGAAAGCUCUCUGAGGUCAGUAAGUAGGCUGAUGUCAGAUUCACUCCAGUCAAAAAAACUUGAUUGUGUUGUUGUGACCUUUACAAGCGUACACCUCUGGAUCUGCUUGGUAUGCUUUUGGCUCGCUCUUGCAGAAAAGCAUGAAUGCAUCAACUUUUAAGUCAUAAUCAGCACAUCUUUUAAGCCUCAAAGGUUGAAAAUUAGUGAAAACGCUCAAUUUGAUUAGUUUAUUUUUCUGUUUUUUUUGCCUUUAAUGCGAUAGGGCAGCUUAAAAGAGAAAGGAAAUGCGAGGAGAAAAAGGAUGCUUUCACUUCCCAAAGAGUCUGGUUUCAUUGCUUUCCUACCCCUCAUGUAAAGUGGGGAAAAAAGUUAGAAAGAAAGGAUGAGAGAAGACAAGAGAGAGGGCAACAAAAGGAGCGGGAUCAAGAAACAACACAAACAAGUCCCCACUGUCUCUCUCCCUCUUAUCACAGCGCUUUCUGGCAGUCAGUGUUCUGGGCUCGCUGCUGUCGCUCCCUCUGUACUGUCCAGCAUACACAGUGCCCCUACGAUCACCUGACAGUCUCAUGUUGUUGUGUGAAUUUAGUUCACUGCUAUUCUUAGACCCUACUUUGGCUGAGAGAGGAGAGAAGAGAGAGGAAUAGAGAGAGAGAGAGGGAGAGAGGGCUGGGGAAAGACUGGCAGACUCGCAACGAUGCCCAGGUAGGAGUCGGUGAUAUUUAACCGGGCUUGUGUGCAUCCAAGUGGGCAUGAUAGUCUCAUUUGAGGAACGAUUGAGAACUUUGUGUGAGUUUUCGGGGUUUGUUGGCAACCUGUAGCUGUUUUGAGCAGGGCAGAUUCGCAGACUACGAGAAUGAGGGCUGUAGUUUUGAGUCAGGUGACGCGGUAAAGAUAAAGAUUGAUUCUAUCAUUCGAGGUCAGUGUUAUAUAAUGAAGAUUAAUGAGUCUGUGGUGAAGCAUGCCUUUUUUGUGUGUCUUUUUGACAGGAACAGAGUGUUUGAGGGUGGAGUUUUGGGUCGAAGACUUUCUGUUUCACAUCGUUGUGAUUGAAACUGUGAUAGUUAGGGAUGAAAUCAUUGGCAAAAUAUCCCUGCUUUUUAUUUUACGACCCAAUCCGCAAAACAAGUUCUUCAAGGAAAUAAAUACCUGUAUUCUUUUAAUGUAAUUUGUGAUUCAGACAAUUGAGGUCAAAGCAGUACAAGUAUGUAACAGUCAUGAAGUCAUGUGCUGCUUUUAUGAAUGACUCCCCUCUCUUUUCUGUCAGCGCUGUGACUGUCACAAGCUCACUGAUGGGAUACUUCCUCCUUCGCUCUCCUUCUGGCUUGUCUUGCUUUCAAAUGCUUUUCUGUUUACUUUAGAUGUAUUUUUCUCUCUCUCAUUACUGGAGCUUAAUUCCAGAUUUAUUGCCAUAGUCGUAGCAUUUCUUCAUUAAACAUUCUUGUUUUCAUUUGUCAAUCUCAGCUUUUGUUCUUUGUUUCUGGUCCUGCUCUUGUUGCAGACCCCAUUUUUAUUGUUUUUUCUCCUAUUUUUGCUAUAAUAGCAUUCUUAGUCUUUUAUGCUGUUAGUAGAAUUUAAUGGCUUCUUACUUGAUUUGCUCACUUCUCAUAUUCUCUUUGUUUUGCUUAAAACAAAGAGGGCAGUGAACACGGUGUCAAAAUAUGCAGAUGUCCUCUGGAUUCCUGAAAACAGCACGUCAUCCUAUUUUGGCAGUCACUGCACUCAUAUCCAGUUGAAUUCUAUCUGUUUAAAAAUGUAAGAGAUCAGCAAGUAUUAUGUUUCAGACAUUUUUACACCACAAACAACUGUCUCAAAAAGGAGUGUGAAUAAAAGCAAUGAAAGAAUAGCAAAGGGAAAAUCUUGGAUAACCCAUUUUUUUUUUAAAGGCAUUAGUCCAAAUGAAGGAGGCAUGUGAUUGACUAAGACAACCACCUGAUUUGUAAUCUUACUCACAAGUCUCUCAGCUGAAUAUCAACCCCGCCUCAUACAAUGCAGCUGGAGGUUGUAGCGUAGGCUGGACGUGUAUUACUUCAGUCAUAGGAGAUAAGUUAGUAAAAGAUGACUACUGAAGACUUACAGUUGUGUGCCAUAUUCACUAUCUUGGUAACUUAUGUUUGACAGAUAACUGAAUAAGAAUGUAGAGUCUGCAGGUUUUGGUUUCAUACAAAAAACAAAAACAACACAUUCCCUGUGUUUUCAGUUUCUACGAGAGGAAAAUAGACUCAUUAACGGGGUUUGUUUGACAUUUGUACAAAUAAUGUACGAGACACAAACUAAUUCAAAACCAAAAUUGUACCUGAUCAGAUUUUUUUGGUACAGUUAUCCACUAAGAUAUGACUUGGUCCGCUUGCCUUGUCUUAAUUAUCCGUAAAACUUAAAGGCUGGACUCCAUAUUUAUUUGUUUUGGUUUGAGAGACAAUUUGAAGCCUCUGACUGAACUUUUGGCGAUUAUACCAAUGACCUUUUAAACAGAGCUGCAGCAGUACCCUGGAUCGUAAAACUGGAUCUCCAAAAAGUGCAUGUUUUUAUGAGAGGUAGCCCAAGAGGCCUGGUCUGCUAGGGCUUCUCUAAGCCUCUGAAACAGAUGGAGCUGGUGUUACAAGCUACGAGAAGAUUGAAGUAUUGCAGUAAAUGCAGGUCUGAAAAAGAGAGGUUGUCAACUGCUGCCUAAUCUAUCAACAGUGCAUCACCUCUUAGGGUUUAUUUGAUCCCCAAAACAACUUGAUGAGAGUUGAGUAACUUUCCCAGCGUGCAGUUCAUGUUUGAUUAUUGAAGUAAGCCAGUACUGUCAAAGGAAGUGUUUUUGCUCCCAUUAAUGUAAAUAAGUGAAUAUUAUCACAAGUUUUUAAAUAAGUUCAAAGAAUGAUUUGUAAUUUUUAGGUAAUUUUAAAGUAACAUAUUUUUUCCUGCUGAAUAAUAAAAACAAUGUUUUUUUUACCCCAGAAUAAAUUUUCCAGAUUAAUUUUUGGUCGUGGUCCAGAUUUUAUCCACGUUUCUCCUUUUGUCCAGUGAACAGGUUAAAUCAGAGGACUCAUCUGCUGUCAGAAAAUGCUGAAGAAAAGUUGCAAAUCCUCUCCUGAAAAAGCUGGAAGCAGCAAACACAUAGCUUAAAAAAUGAAUAAUUCAGUCGUUGCAGCUUCAGUAUUUGCACUCAAAACUUAAUGAUCUAGACAGCGCAACCCAGGAGCUACAGAGUAUGUGUAUUUUAGCAGUUUCCAGGCAGUCACACACACACCAAAGAGAAACUUUGCAGCAGCAAGCUUGCAGUAAACUUCUGGUCAAAUGCCCAAAGAGCCUCAUUUAAAUUCAGGUGGUGGUUUUGGUUCAUAUUGGAGGGCAGUUCCUUUGGGCAAGCAAAAAUCAAGUGAGAUAAAAGGUUGAAUGCUGGAGUUUUUUUCUGUGUUGAAAUAGUGGGACAGCCUGGUGUGAAAAUGUGUGUGAAGAGCUUCCAAAAGGUACCUAGGUUUAACAAAUUAACGCUGAAGCAGACUGUCGCAAAUAACCCCCUUCUCUCAGCUCUCAUGCAGGACCAACUGUUUGGCCUCCAGCAGAAAUGCCAGUCAUAUUUUGACACCAGUGUUUGGUAAAUAGUUGCCCCCAAGUAUUGGAAUGUAUACACAAACUUUCACUGCAAGGAUUCCCCCGCCCUGCCAAGGCUUACUGACCAGCAGCUGGUACACUGUUUUUAAAAUGUGGCCUGAUGCAUGUUGUUUGGUUGGCAAGUUAAAUGGACUUAACUGUUCCUUUUCCACCUCUCCACAUAAACCCAUUUACUAUAAACACCCACGUUUAGGGAUACUCCCUGUCCUCCAAUAAAAGGCUAUAUUUGGGUCCGACUCUUCGUUCAUCCAAUCUAUCCAUCAGAUCAGGCCGAAAAUCCUCGACUGACUACCUGUCAGUCCAAUUCCCUGUCAUUUUUAUAGCCUCUAAUAAAUCAUGCAGGCGACUAUCAUUCCCCAGAAGCUAAACGGGUCUGCCAAAGCUUGGUGUACCAAAGAAAGGUGUAAAUAUGCAACAGCGUGAUGUCUGACUUUUAAUAAGAUGAGCCGCAGACAGGAGCUGUUUUAACAGGCAACUGUACUGUUACUUAACUGUUAGAUGGAGUUUACUGCUGCCACCAAAGCUUUCUGAAAUGUGAUUCCUAAAUGUGAAUUUCAAUUUAUUCUGUCUUGAGUUUCAUUUGCCUCAGCUUUUGAGUGAAUUGAACAACAGUUUGCUCACCAAUGGAGACUAAAUCAGCUAACAGCUCUUCAUUUGUUUGAUUUUUUUGGUAUUGCUUAAUGUUUUGUAUUGUUCAUACGACUUGUCAUAACUGGAAACAGUCAUUGUUUCAAUCAAAGCUGAAGUUUGGAAAGUGUUACUCAUUCUAGAUUUAUACUCGAGCUAGAAACUCACAAGUAUAGGUCAUUUGCCUCGGCAUUUCUCAUCUAAUCUUUUUUAAAUUAACAGCUAUUUGAAUAUCAAGAUAUCAUGAGUAAUCUUAAUGUAUCACAGACAAAUAUUCACUGGGCUAGAAUGCAAAAAGAGUUGAGUGGUUAUGGAGUUUGUUGAGUACUUCAGCAUAUGUGCAUUAAUAUGUAUAAACCCUUCUGUGGCUCAAUGUCUGUUUCAAUAUUAAGAAGUGAUCGCUCCAGAGUCAUUGUUGGUCAGGACUGAGGAAACACACAGAGCUCAGCUCUACCUGGACUUUUGGAGCAGGAUUGGCAAAUAUCUUAGUCGAAUAGCCUUUGUUUCUGUUUUGAUCAGAGAAUUUAAUUGUAUUGGUUUUAAAGAGAUUUGUUUUAAAUUCAGAGUUUGUAAAAUAUAAAAAAUUGUCAAUUUCUGUCCUGGAUAUUACAGAAACAUGACUUUGUUGUCAUGAACCUGUCAAAGAACGGCAUAAAAGUUAUUUUUAAGAGAUAUUUUUCAAUCACCUGUUCAUACAGUUUCAUCUUCCUGCUCUGAUGCUGUAUUAUUUUUAUUUUUAGCCAUUUCCACCACUUAUCUGUCUUCGACUAUUCACUCUUCUUUGUUUAACCCUUCCUUCUCUGUCCCUUGUUUCCUCCGUCUAGCUGGCCAGUCCCCCAGCUGGAGCCCAGUCAGAUCAGGCUGAUCGUGUACCAGGACUGUGAGAGGCGCGGCAGAAAUGUCCUCUUUGACUCCAACGCCAAGAAAAGGGGCACAGAGGAAACCCCCAUAACCGUGAGUCAAAUGUUUUAUUAUCAGUCGGUGAUACCAUUCUUGGUUUGGUGAAUGAUAAUAAAUUAAGAGUAGUUGUUAGUUAUUUUCAGUCAAGAAUUGCAUUUAAAAGUCUUAAAAAUCUAAAAAAAUUGGCAUGAGCAAGACUGACACCAGCGAAAAAACAAAAACAAAGCAGAGGCUGGGACAGUCACAGAGGUGUGACAUGCCACAACGUCAUGUGAUUGUUUCAGAGGACACAUGCUGCACCUUAUCCUGCUUAUCCUGCGGGGCGUCCUGCUGCCAAACAGUGAACAGCAGCAGACACAGAGAUCAAGAGUGACAGGCAGAGAAUAUCUCCUGUUGGAAAGUGUACAAAUCCUCCUUGUCAGCCUUUUUAAUUAAUGUGUUUAGUUUUAUUUUGAAAAAGAAAACUGUAGUAUCAAAGGUAGUUUUGUUCUUAAAGUGCCAUAAAAAAGAAGAUAAUGAAAAAAAAAAUCAUUCACAUUUUCUGUUUCACCAGACCAGGGUUUUCCAAAAAAAGAGAAAUGAAUGGCUGAUUGUGUGAAAAAAAAUGUUUAUGUCUGGUUUAAAACAUAGAAAUCCGGUCACACUGGAUGCCAAAAAGUCAUAUGAUCAAUUUUCCAGGGCAAGGGUGUCCUGAAGGCAGAUAUUGCCCUUUUAAUGCUGACAGCACUGUCAAACAGGUAACUAUGUGUCACUGAGUGCAUGAGACUCAGUGUUGGUUUAUUGUCAACAAACCUUUUUCAGUCAGUGACACAUAAAGAUAACAAGGAUUUUACUACAGGGUGGCGGUCUUUAUCGAGAAACGCACAAUGGUGUCUUUCAAACACUUUGUUUUCAUCGAUUGUCUAUCAGCAACAAGUGCACACCCUUUCUUUUCAAGCAGAGUUUCCAAACAGACAGGGAUGAACUCUCACCAAAUUUUUUAAUAACAUGCCUAAUAUUUUCAUACUGCCUUCUUAUGAUUGAGUGUGACCCAGACCGGUUUGUUCUGGUGUUCUUAUCUCCAAUAAUAAUAGACGCCGCUGACAGACAGCCCAUGUGUAAGCAGCAUUCUUUCAUCCUCACAUGACAGUCCUGUCACUCGCCCUGUGUGUCUCUCUCCUCUCUCCGUCUUACUCGGUCUCUGCUCUGAACACACCCUGGCUAAAUUGUCCUCAAAGUCUCCUCCUUCUCCCUUUGUCUCCAUUUACAGUGUUAGUGAAUUAAUCCGGUGAUCUGGAUCUUUUCUAAGUCAUGUUAAAAAAAUCUUGAAUAUAUCUCUUUCUGUCUUUUUUUAUCUUUACCUGUCUGCAUUUUCCCCUGCUUUGUCAGUCUACCCAUCCCUAAUUCACUGAUCCUCUCUUCAGCAUUGAGUUUUCACUACCUUUCAUUGCUUUAACCCCUUUCUAUCUGCUAAACUUAACCUUUCUUUGUAGGGUCUUAGAUUUUCUCAAACCUCUUCCUUUUCACCUCUCUGUCUUCUUUUGUUUUUUUUUUGCUUCCUGACCAGAUGUAACCUGCCUCACCUUACUUCACCUUAGUUUAUAACCAUGCCAUCACACAGACAACACACUCCCUUUGUCUUUUGACACCAUGAUAUUGGAAAUUGGACUGUCUAUUUGCUCAGCUUGUACAUUGGUAUUAGUCGAUGCCCUACAUAGACUCAAGAGGAGCAGUUAAGAGGGUUAUUCUGUGUCCGUUUGUUCCUUAAACAGCAAUGUUAUUUAAAAACUACAAGAGCAUGUAUGUUGCAAGAGGAUUCAGUACUUUGUGUGCUAGCUGGGCUGAUGACAGUAUUUUGGUGCAUCCUCCUGCUGUGUUAAAGAAUCGCCAGCCACUGUUUGGCUUCCAUCACAUGACAUGAUGGUUGUUUUUUGUCCACACACAGAGGAAUUCAUUUUGAAGUGAUCAACAGCAAAAACAAGCAAAGCGCAGACAGUCUAUGAGAGUGAGGGAUAAGGGAAAGGGGAUUUACAAAGAGGCAUGAGAGGGAAAAGAAAGUUGGACACAAGAAAGAAAGAAAAAAUGUAACAACAUAAGUGGCUGAAGAAGCUGACAAAUCAGGUCCAGGAAAGAAACAGAUGUAUUUAAGGUGGGACAGAAAACUGCAGGAAAUAGAGAGAGAUGAGUAUCAAUGGAGGAGGGGAAGAGAGAGAGAGAGAGCAGGAGGGAGGGGAUGAUUGCAGUGCAGCUCGCUCACGAGUUCCAGAAAGAGUCAUAUGACUGGCAGUCACAUGCUGCUGGUCUCUGUGUACACACCUCACACUGCACUGCAGCGGACACACAGAUACGCACACACCCAUGUACACACACACACACACAAAUGCACACUCCCUCAGAAAUGGCUUGGCUUUGGCAGCGUUUGUGUUGAUAUGCUGUGUGCAACAAAAUCAGUUAUUUGUGCAAAAGCAAUAGGAAAUUUGCAGACAUGUUUUCAGUGUUUACUCUCGUUCUUUAAAAAGAGCCAAAUGAAGGAAAAUAGUCCGCUUUCUUCGCUCUCUUUCUCGUCCUCUUUCUGUUUAACUCCCCUUAAGUUUCGUUUCUUUUCUCUUCCUCUGCUUUAUAUUGGCAGCGAUUGUGGUUUCAAGUGAGCCAUUACCAAAGCCCAGCUAACCACACACACACACACACACACACACACACACACACACACACACACACACACACACACACACACACACACACACACCCUCCCCCUCUGCUCCCUGCCCUCCCAAAUGCAUUCCUCUUGAAUAGGCUGCCAAGUUAAGAAGGCACAUGACACAGCCUGAUUGAGCUCACAUUGCUUUUUAGUUUGCUGUUUACACCAGGGCUUCUAGGUCGGGUUUCUAUGUUUUUUUUUUUUCACCUGAGUUUUCCAACUUUUUUUCAUGUUUUUUUGGAGUCAUCAGGUUGAUAUCGGAAAAGGAAUGUGACAUGCAAUACGUGAAAUACGCUUUAAGCAGGUGUUUCUCAUUAUGUUUACGUCAGCAGAGGUCUGUGUGCAAUGAAGUCCUCUUUGCUUUGUCAUAUAGAUUCACACAAGCCUCAUGCAAACCAAUAGAUAAAUGUGUGCAUUAGGGCUGGGCGAUAAACCCAAAAUUUACAGAUACCGAAAUUUACAACAAUAACCAACGUCAAAAAAUUAAAUAAAUAAAGGUUGGUUUUGGAUGUGUGUAGGUAGGCUAUGGUCUCAUGUCCCUUUAGGACGCUGUCCUACAACGAAGACGUGAUUUCAUCCCAUUCAGUCUGUAACAAAAAGGGAAAGACAGGGGAGGAGAUGAAGGACUUGAGAUUGUGGAAUUGUUAUCAUCCAUUUACGCUUUCGAGGUGAACUGCUCAAUAUAUCGUGAUAUUGAUUUCAGGCCAUAUCGCCCAGCCCCAAUGUAGAUUCACACAAACCUCAUACAAACCAAUAGAUCAAUGUAUGCAUUUAUUUGUGGGACCUGUGCACAAAAGAGAAAAGGUGUAAUUGAACUUUCAACUGCUGCAUCCUUGCACAGAACUGUUGCUCAGUUUUAAAUUAUUCAUGAAGGGACAUCGUCAUAAUUAAAUUAAAAAAAUGUAGCUGUAGGUCAAGAUGCUGAGUUGAUAAUAGAGCAUUUUUUAUAUGUCUGUAUUAGGAGGGAAAUGGGGGAAAAUACUUGGAGACCUACUUUGAUUCAAUUCAUGUUUUUCUUGUUGUCUACAUGUUCAUAUGGCUUUUUUCUGAUGCUACAGGACAUAUCAUGAGAAAAGUAGGUGCGGCAUUGCAUUUCUGAGUAUUUCUGCAUUCAAAUUGCUGUGAAUCUCCUGCUAGUCUCCAUGAAGGAGGUUGUUGUUGCCUUGAGAUGCUGAAAUAUUCUGAUAAAACUUUAACCCUCUGCAGGUUCAAAUAUAGUCUGUUAAUACAGAUCAUUCUAAUACUCUAUUAUUCCCUGUUUCCCCACAGAGCACUGAAGGCCAGGGGAAGAUGUUCAGUAAAUGCUGUCAGCUCCGGCCUACAGGAGGUAGCAGCAGCUCCCUGGACAGCUCCUCCUCUUGCGCCUCUGAAACGAAAGAAACCAAGGAGCAGGGCCUGCGCUUCCAGGUAACUCCUAUCUGAACCUGCAUGCAAAAACUUAAAACACAUGGAGUAUUGUAACUGCGGCAGGAUUUCACAGCUGCAUAAGCAGGUGAACUCAUACAGCUCAUGUGCCAAUGAAAAACUCUCACUGCCUUUAGGGUUCAAGGUGUCCGUCUGAUGUGGUCAUGCUGGGGGAAAUGAUGUUUGGCUCUGUGGCUAUGAGCUACAAAGGUUCCACACUAAAAAUCCACCAGAUCAGGUAAACAAAAGGAUGACAGCUGUUACUGGAUGUGAAUUGAUCUCGACUUUUGAGUAGGACUGUUUUGAUGUUUUGCAUAGUGAUGUUAAAAUCUGUAGAUUUUAACACAGAUAGAUAAAGACUGCUUUGAUAUUUCGUUUUACCAAAUUAUAAUUAUUUCACAUAAACUUGUGUUAUGUGGUAAAGAGAGAAAGUGAAGUCGCACACAAAUAGUCAAGAGGAACAAGUCACAAAGGAGAAGCUGUAAUUGAUGAAGUGGAAACAAAGUCAGGGCAGGCUGUACGUGACACUUGUACAAACGUGCACUCAUGCUGUUGAUCUUUGGCCCUCUGCUAUCGUCAUAUCAGGUCGCCGCCUCAGCUGAUGCUGAGUAAGGUCUUCACCGCCAGGACAGGAGGCAGUGUGUAUGGCAGCCUCAACACGUAAGCACAAACAAACACUUAUCAACAUGAACACACCCACUUUACGCUCUGGUUGCUACAGGAGCUUCUUCUAUAUGCAAAUACACUUUUCUUAUAAUUUUUCUAUAUCUGUCGGGGUUAUUUUUAAUAUUCUUUCUGUCUGUUUCAACAACCCGUCUGCCUGUGCUUCUAAUUCUCUUCCUGUCUCUGUCUCAUGUCACUUUGUUCAGGCUGUCUUUGUAUUUAUUUUUGUGUCAGUCAUAUAACCUUAAUUUUUUUAUUCUUCACAGGUUACAGGACAGCCUUGAGUUCAUUGGUCAGGACAGCAACACUCUGAGGCCGGAUCAAAACACCGGAGCCAACAGUCUCCUUGGUAACAUAGGUAACCACAGAAACCCUGUGUCAUAACAUCGACACUCCUCUGUUUUUCUUUCUGUUAGCUUGUGAUUUGUAAGUAGAAGAAGGCUGAAGUCUCAUUUCAGUGCUGAUCACAUCCAACUUCUAGGGCUUCUACACCUUAAACUACUUUGUAAUUUAAGUGCAGAGAGCUGAGAUUCUUUAACUUUUGGGAUAGAAGUUGUUUUUUUUCUUCUCUCCUCCGAAUUUAACUGAAACCAGACUGGAUAGACUCUGCCAACAGCUCUCCCUUAUUACUCCUUUUCAAUAAUCCCACGGACAGUUGGAUAAGUAAUUUUGAACAGGCCUUGAAGUGCGAUUUUUCUCUGCAAAUAAGUAUAAUCCACAGUCAGACAGUCAAAUCAGUGUAGCUCUGCUAUGAGUCAUCCGGGUAUUCCCAGACACUCAUGAUGACUCCACUCAGAACUCUGGAUGAAUCUCCAAUAUAUCACCCUUGUUAGAUAAAGUAGAUUGUACAGAGAUUAAGCCAGAGUCCCAACAAAAUGAGGAGUAUGAGUAACUAUGGGCGAUAUCUGUGCUUGUGUGAGUUUUCUUUGUGUCAUCCUCACAGAAAAACAACAAAAAAAUGUUUUAUGCUAAAUUUUUCAUCAAAAAAUUUUACAGCCUUUCAUGGUUUGAUUGACUGUUUUCUGUGAGUGAUACCAGCCUUUUGUCUGUGUCUCUCUGACUGAUCUAACAGAUGUUGGUCAUUUUUCAUUUCAGACUAAAAAAGCUCUUGUGACUAUAAAAUAUUCUGACUAUGGGAGGCAACCAGCUUUCCUCUGUACUCAUUCACUAACCAUGGUUCAUGUUUUUUUGUCUGUUCCCCUCUUCCUCCCUUUUCCUCUUUUCCAUGUUUUUUUGUUUAUGCUGCGCAGGAUUUUCUCAGCUCUGCAGCCCUCGACGGGCCUUCUCUGAACAGGGCCCUCUGCGCCUCAUCAAGAGCGCAUCUUUCUUUUCAGGUUGGCGCUUUUAACUGGCCAUGACUGAUGUGUGCCAGUUGCAUGCGUGUGUAGGCUGUAGUUGUGGGCGGCUGCAGCUCUAGUGUUUGGUACAGGCUCUUGACUCUUGACAGCUGCAUGCCUGUGUGGUGAUUCUUACACUAGAAAUGGUAGCUGUAGUCAUAGCAUGCAUUAUCACAGCAUGCCUGCAAAUGACUUGGGCCAGAUAGAAGCUGUGCGAACAAUUAUUUGAGGUAAGAUAAGAACAAUCGGAUCGAAACCUAAUUGGCUCCAAAUGACUGCAAGAAUGACUUCUCCACUUAGUAAAUCACAGAGGGAUAUGUCCGAUCCAAACACCCUUUUUCUGUGUUUUACUAACCUAUAAAGUUUUGUCUCCAAUGCCAUCAAAUAUAUCUGUCAGUACUUUCCGACCCAAGCCUUGCAGGUGUGCACACACAGAAAGGGUCUGCAUGGGUUCUCACUGGUGUAGGUGACUAUUUUUUAUAUAGUUAAUGUUGCUGCACUUUACUCUGCUGUACUCAUCACUCCCCCACUUUCACUCAUCUUAUUUGACAGUGACUUUGAUACUUGGGCAAUCAAUUUAAAUUAAUGUGUAUUUUUACUGUGGUAGUUAGUUCUAUUAUGCCAGCCUGUCCUUAAAUGGUGCAGUUAAUGUAUCUUAAGCAUGCACACAUUGAUGAACAUCCCUUCUACCAUCCUAUAGUCCACCAUUGUAGCUGGUGGUUAAGUCUUUUUUUGCAGGAGUACAUUGACAGUAGUCCUUUUUUUCAUAUUGUACUUUCUCUGCAGUCUGGGACUUGAAUCCAGUGAGUCAUAAUCACACUUACUAAAAGACUGUGCGUUGUAUCUAUGAGGAGAGUGGGGAAUACCGAUAUCCACCUAUGACCCAUGCUGAAACCUCAUUUUUUUUACAACUUUGAAGAUCAACAUUUGUUUUCCUACCGCAAGAUAAAACCAUCUUUAUUGCCCAUGUAUCAUUCAUCACUGUACAGCUGUAAACUGAAUUGUCUUCUGAUGAGCUUUUUGAUCAGCCGUCGGGUUUCUGACAUCAAUAGCAAUUUAAAACAGACCCAUCAAGAGAGAUGCAUGAAUUAUUUGAAGUUUAAUCACUUUUUCAAGAGUGUUUGAGUGUUCAGUUAAACUUAAACUUUAACUGAGUAUAGUGAUAAUACAAAAACAAACCUUCACUGAGCUAAAAUUAUUAUCAUUUAUUAAUUGAGCAACGCCAAUCAGAGAGCUCAUUCGCCAGAAGUGUUCAGCGGUUUUCCUCCCACUCAUGCAUUGGGGGGUAAAAUUUCUACCCCAGCUGUCUGGGUUAGGUUUCAGAAAAGCCCCGCCCCCCUUUUAUAUACUGCAUACUGACAAUCCUGUUUCAGAAACCCUUAAGCUGGCAUGGGGUGUAGCUCUGUUUGUUAUGCAAUGUUGGUAUGGUCAUAAAGCACAGUGUGCCUGAGGUGUGCAUACACAAACACUAAAAGUUCAUGUUGACUUUGCUCAUUAACCAUCUCAACUACACAUCAAAAUGCGGCCUUUGUGGUUCUACACGCUGUAAGAAGCGUUGGCGUUUUUUUCUGUUUUUAGGGAUAUUUGUAAUCAAACAGACUCUGUGGCAUCUAUAUUGUAGUGCCCGUUAAAGGGAGUGACGUCUAAGCUGUCAGUUGAGAGAGAGUGAGGUAUUAAGCAGAACAAGUUACAACAGUAUUUCUGUUUUUCUCUUGGUUCACUUGUGACACUUCCUGCUUUUGGUCUUACAAAACAUAAGGUGAGCUGAGAGCAUGACAAGAAAAAAAAAAAUAACUGCCAUUUCAAAGUCGUAUUUAGUCCCACACCUGUUUGUAUUUGAAGCUUUUACUCCAUAUAAGAGAGCUGUGCAGGUCCAAGUCCAAGCCAAAUAUGUUCUCUUUUAAUUUCGAGCACAUUAGUUACCCAUUUGAGAUAUUUCGCUGGAGAUCUUUAUGAACUUUAUGACACUCUGUGCAUGAUUAUCUUGUCUUGAGCCUCUUUCCCUUUCUGUUUUUAAGUGACAUAGUCUUUAAACUUAGGGGGUGACUGACCCCAACCUGGUCAUUUGAAGUGCAUCCUCAGCAUGCCCAGUGCUCAAUUUUGCUCAACCGUUCCUAAAAUUUGUUUCUUUUUUUGUCUCUUUUUGGUCUGUCAUCCCCUUCAUUCCUCUGUCUUUUACUUCCCUUCUUCUACUACCUUGUCUUUCCGACUCUUUUCUCUCUUUCUUUUUUGUUUCUGUAUGUAAUCUACGUUUGACCUUCGGCACCUUCUGCCCUUUCUCCCUGACUUUGUCCUUUGCCUUUGUUUCAUCUUUCCACUCUCUCUCUCUCUCUCUCUCCUUCCUGCUCUUCUUCUGUUCUCCAGGCCACAGCCACCCAAUGGACAUGCCUGGCCGAGGGCUUUACGAUGAGAGAGACAGCGGCAUCGCCAGAUCAGGUAGGUUAAUAAGACUUGGAGGCAAAGCCUAGAUUAACCCACACUCACUUCAGCUUUUAGCUCUAAAGCUGAGCCUUGCAUUGGGAUCAUGUUUAUAUUUGUCUACAAAAAUGAAGCUUCAGAUGAAGGAAAAUCAGAAAAAGUGGACUGUUACACUUCUAAGUUUUCUCUUUUACCUUGAAAACAUUGUGAGUCCUUGCUCCGUUGUCCAGAUCCCCCAAAUACCAAGCUAAUGAGCUUUUCUUUGGAGAACAUCUCGGGACACAAACUUUGACUCUUCUUUGACUUUACUCUUCAGGGUCAAGAGCGUGGACAGUUGCAUAAGUGCCGGUUACUUUAACCGGUGUUACUUAAGCAAGGACUUCACUGCCAAGGCAUGCAGACGCACAUGCACACAGUUUUCCAUUCAUUAAUGCAGCUCUUCGUUAUCAAGACUGAUUGGGGUGUGUAUGGAAAAAGAUAGGAAAGGUUAAAGAAACUGAAUGAGAGAGCCAAAUUCCUCUCAUGAAGUCUUCGUCCAAACAGUUUAGACCUGAAAACAAAAGAAAGAAGAUGAUGCAGUGCAUGAGGUGUCUGCAUGGCCUCUAGGAUCCAGUAAAAUAUUGUGCAAUGGAAACUGAUCCCAGCUCUGCCCCAGUCCCCCCCCCACCCCUCUCUACAAACACCACCAUGCCCCACGGGCAUGACUGGUAUGAUGGGAAUUGUGCUUUCUGCUCAAACCCAGGUCACAUGCAGGGGAUUAAAUAUAGCAGCUCUCAAUAGCUGCUACUAGUAAAUGAGCUUCUAAUUCAAGACUCGUCCUCUCAUCUUCACUCUCCGCCUCCCAUUUGGAGUCAGCCUGAGAGCUCUUUAUCCAACUUUGACACUCACUGAUGCAGACACUUCCGUCUGUGGGUCAAAAUCUCCUCUGCACAGCCCUCUUUAAAAAAAAAACCUCUAAUGUUUUAGGCACAAUUUUGUCUGUAUACAGUACACGUUCUGUGCUGGGCUCAUGUAGAUAUCCCCUGUUAUCACAUAACACGAGACCACACACCAUCUGAAGGACUCAUGUGACCGCCGAUGAGAGCCUGCUGCACGGGCCGUAAAUAACUCUGUGAUCAGGGCUUGUAUUCUUUUGUGUGUACGUGUGUGAAUGUGCGCGUGGGCAGAUUGUUAUUACCAUGCCAGUCUGGUGCAAAGCCAGGUUGUCCAACAACUGCAGCAUGUGACUGUUAGCAGGCUAGCUGAUAUUAGAUCUCAUAUGAAAGCUAUUCAGUAAUUAGAGGCUGCGUGUUGUGACAGUGAUGAGGGGGACAGAGGGGUGUGUGGUCGCGUUAGGGUGUGUAGUGUGUGUAGUGUGUGUUUGCUUCACAAAUUGUGAAUUUUUUUAAUCUUUUAUCACUCUGUGUUGAUAUGUGUAGUCCGAGUGUGACGGUGCACAAUGUGUUAUUCAGUAAGAGUAACCCCACGCUCUCGUUGUCUGACUCACUCAUGUCCUUUUCUCUUGUCACCCACCAUUCCUUCCAUCUGACCCCUGUCUCUUCUGUCCACCUCCAACCCUUCUCUCUGUCUCCCUGUCUCUCCAUCCAUCUGUCUCUUUAGCUUCUCUGAGCAGCCUGUUGAUCACUCCCUUCCCGUCUCCUGGCUCCUCUCUGACCAGCAGCUGUGCAUCCAGCUACCAGCGCCGGUGGCUCCGCAGCCAAACCACCAGCCUGGAAAACGGCGUCUUCCCUCGAUGGUGAGAAGGAAUAAAUCAAAGGGGACAUGCGCACUGAUGAAAGAUGCAGUCUAAAAACAUUUCAUACUGUAUAGAGAAGAGUUACUACAAUCUAUCCAUGAACUCUGAAUGUCGUGGACUCUUCCUUCGGGAGUGGCCUGUGGGUGUGUGAGUUUAGACAGUUGUGCUACCGAUCUCUCUCCAUUUUUCCUCUGUAAAAAUUUAUUCAUGCAAGAACCUCCUCAGAAUCCAGCAGGCAGCUGGAAAAAUGACACACACACUGGCUGCCAUGUACUCAAAACUACACAAACACACACAUUGCUGAUACUAGACAAGAUGCUGUGUUGGCCCGUCACUGAAAAUGCAGCUGUCAGCCUCUGAGUGCUCUCAUCUUUCAGGCAAUUCAGUUCAACAGCACCAGAGCAUCUUCAAAAAGAAGUGAAAGAAAGGUCAGGAUUUAAGGACCCUUCAAAUGGGGAAAAGAAGGCGAAGACACGUCUGUUGAAACACUCAAAGGAUGCAGAUUUUUAGUAAACGAAAAUAAAAAGAAGUUGAGAUGAUCAAUCUGCUGUAAAAGUGUAAGAAAACAACCUUGAUUGAGAAGUGUUAGUUGAUAUGUAAGGUCACGUGGGAGUAGGUUUAAAAAUCCAUAUCCAUAAAUCAGCCUCUGGGAGUUGCCCUGGAUUUGCCUCUUACCUCGAUGUUGACCCUGAAUAUCCUGUUCUCUUCAGGUCAGUCGAGGAGAGCUUCAACAUGUCUGAUGAAAGCGGUGGACCAAGCCUGGGCGUGGCUCGAAAAAAGAAGAUCGCCAUCGGGGUUAUCUUUAUGCUGUCCCCCAAUGCUGAGGAGAACAACCGCUUCCAGGAUUUCUUUUUCUCCCACUUCCCUCUUUUUGAGAGUCACAUGAACAAACUCAAGAGUGCCAUCGAACAGGUGAGUUUACCGAGAUGACUGCCAUUUGAUUUUUGAUCCUGUUUCCUCUUUCUGAACCAAACACUCUCUAAAUUUUGUUUUGUUUUACUCUCAGUCGUAAUCUUUAGCGGCUGUCAGUGUCAGUGAAAUCCUUUUAGAAAGGGGAUGCGAAUAGUAUUCAAAAGCAAACCUUACAUCAUUUGCUUGUGUAAUAAACAGAGUAGCUGACAGAUUGAAUGAUCAAUUGUCAUUCCCUGCAGUUCUGUUUACUGGUGUCUGCGGUUGGCACUGUCUAAUCUCUGAAUGACUUUCAGUUUUACCCCGACAUCUCUCCUCUCCUCCUCCUCUCAAAUACCUCGUUACACCUUUCGUGAAACUUUGUCCGUCAGCUUCGGUUGCCAAAAUAUCUGAAAGCUAUGUGUGUUGUGUCACUCUCAAGGCCAUGAAGAUGAGUCGGCGGUCAGCUGAUGCGAGUCAGAGGGCCUUGGCUUACAGCCGCAUGGUGGAUGGACUCAAUGAGUUCAGGUUAGUCAACAACUCACUCACCCACAAUGACCCACACCCACAUUUUUUUUUCUUGUUUUCCUCGUGUCCAGACUUGCAGGAUAUCUUGUCAUCAUCACAGUAUCUGAACUUUUUGUUUGUGGAUUCAAACACCUGAGAAGAUAGUUUGCUUUGAAGGGAGUGUUUGGUCCAACUGAACGCUUUUUGAUUUUGUAGUUUAAUCAGUGAAGUCAUUCUUCAACACACAACAGAUAAGUUCAGGUUUUACAGCGUGUCAAUCAUUGAGGCCAAAAUCACACUGCCGUUCAGUUUCUAUGUACUGUGGUCAAAAAUUCAUUUUCUCUCAGGGCUCAUAAAGUUACAAAGAAAUCAGACAUUUAAAACUUCACUUGAGGAGCACUUUGCUUUAAAAAUCUCUGCACCACAAUACUGACACAAGCGCAUGUGUGAUUCACCAGUGUUGACUUAGAAUUGCAUAAACUUGUAGCUUUCUCUCUCUGUGUCUUCAAAAGUAGGUCACCGAGUGCCCAUUCUUGCCCUGUGGUGUUCGCGUUAUGACACUAACAUUUGGGCAGCUUUAAUGGCCUGAGAACUGCUUUGCACAUACUUUUAAUUCCACAGUCGUGUUGUCCGUUGAGCAUUACCCGGCACUAUUUGGAGUAUAUUCUUCUAAAGUAGGUCAAGCAGGCUGCAAAUGUGUUUGCUGAUUAUAUUUUGUACUCGCAUGAUGCUUUUGGUCACCAAAAAUAUGAGCAUUAAAGAAAAAAAAUUGCCCUUGGUGCUCUUUGUUCUGGAAUUGAUUCAUUAACUUCAAUAGAUUGCACCACUGCAGCUGCGUAAUGAAACAGUUUUCUUGUAUUGUUGAACUUGUAUUCUUUAUAUGACGCAAGAGCUCGAAAAAAGGAUGUUUUAGGCUACAAGAUGACUGCAAGUGACAGUUCAGUGAUUCCUUGUUGCCGAGAAAUUGUACCAUGCCUCGGGGUAAUCGUGUUUGAAGUAAAGGGAUGCCGUGCUUCUACUCAUGUUACUGAUACAAUGAUCUGAGGUAUUGCUGAGAUCAAUAACUAAUGAAUGCUCUCUGUGGUUUAUGUGUGUGAGGAUAAUUUGUUUCUAAGCGUCUCUGCCCAUCUGGAUAUUAAGUGUUCAAUGAAUAAUGGAUUAUGUGUGUACGACGCCCAGCAGGAAGUGUUGAAAUAUGUUUGGUAAAAGGAAGGAGGAACACAAGGUUCCCUACCUGUGUUUUGAUCAAACCACAGAUGUUGCAUUGUAGCCGCAGUGCAUGCUGGGAGUUCCUUUUCGGGCUCCACUCAUGUGUAAGUAAACAAAAUUGUCAUUGUAGGACCUGACAGUUUCCUCUCAGCUCUGCAAAAUGUACUAAUUACAGCAAGAAAGUGAUGCGCUCUAACUAGGAGAGCGUGAGAGUCAAGCUUGCUCUCAUCACAUCCUAACUCUGCAGGGCUGCGUUUAUGCAAGCAUGGUUGUAAUACUCCCUAGUGAGGGUGCUUUUGAGCUCCGGGAUUUACUGUUCUGUGCACCGAUAUCGUGUUCGCGCACCUUGUUUUAUCUGUUCUGGUUUUAAUACUAAUUAAAUGCCAUACCCAACUUUCGUUUGCCACACACACACAGGCUGACAGUUCUCUGUCUGAGGUCUCCUCAUCGCUGCAGUCAUAUGCCUGUUGGCAGUCAGCCACAGCAACCCAAGCCUCCUGCGUGGCAACCCUAUCUAUCCCAGACACUGACCAUGGGCACCAGAAUAGUAAAUAAUAUGUGAGUGCCAGUAGAAGGAAUGCUAUUGCCCCUGACAAACAAAAUAUCUGUAAAAUCUCACCUUUGGACAGAAGCUAAAUUUAAGUGUCCCCACCCGCCAUAAGGGCUUUUGACUUCAUGGAACAUAACACAAGGAAACUGGAAGAAAUGCCUCUGCUUGAUGCUGCUUUGACGUAGUUGGAGGGCGGGCAUGCACAUACAACCACGCAUGCUGGCAAAGAUAAGCUGUGCACUUAGCAGAGGCAUGUGGACAUAAAAGUGACACCAGCCUAUAAUGGGGUUACGUGGGGGGGUUUGCAGUCUGAGUCCAAGAUGGUGUUCCCGGAGACAUGAAACCACUUUAGAUAUCAGGGUCAAGACUUUGACCCCCAGUUUACUACACAUACAAAAACUGUGCUUAUGGUUCUGUGAAGCUGGUUGGCUGUAAAUAUGCAUCAAAUGGACCAAAGAAUGCACCACUGUACGGCGGAGGAACUGCUUUUGAGCUAGUGUAUAACUCUUGGUUGAUCCCUUACUCAUCCUGCACAACUGAAAAUGAAAAAUUAGCUCCAAAGCAAACACCUGACAAAGGUCCAAGUGACUUCUAUUUGUGAUAAAAGUGAUAAUAUGCUGCUUACAAUUAAGUUUUAGCUGUAAUUGAGGUCAUCGCUUUGGGAUUGCAAGUACAACAUAGAAAAAGAAUCUAGUUGCAUUUGAAGAAACUGAUGGAUUCACGUCUGUCUGAAUUUCUGCAUUGUAAAGAGAUCGAGACCUGGCCUGUUUACCACAGACGUCAGAGUAAUUUCACAUCACAACCGUGCUCUUUUGAGUUCACCCAAACAGCUGCUGCAGAGAGGCCAAGACUGUAUCCUCUGCUCAUCAAAGCCCUGGCUCAUCCUUAGGAGGUGAAUGUACACCAGACAUAGUGGGUCAAGUGAGGCUUAAAAAAAGCUUAUGAUAGGUCUUACCUGUUCUCAACAAGGAAUUCAUUUGGCCUUAUCAGUUCAUUUGAUGCUCAAGUUGAAAUGAUGGAUCAUGUCUGCUACCCUGCUGUCAGUAAGAUGUAAAAGUAGAAGGAGAUGUUUUGGAGUCACUCUGCUGUGACCACACUGUGCUAUUAUGUUUAUUAAUGACUUGUCGGCAACUUUAAUUUCACUGAUUGGGUUUUCCUCUACACAAUAUGUGUGGUAUUACAUUGGCAUUAAUCAAUAGUGGACAGGUUUAGGGGUUACAGCAAUACCAAAUCUUCAUUAGCAUAACUGCAUUGCGAUAAACUUAGAAGCAUGAGUUCCUCUUUUUUAAAUUCAGUUAACUUCUUCCUAUGACCGUGCAAAUGAAGACCACAGGUUAGCUUUCUGUUUUUCUCCGGACAAACUCACCGACCUAAAAUAGCUUGACGGCCGGAAUACUGAAGUUGGAUCGAAGGUCUCUUUCACUGCGUGACACCUGUGCUUUCUCUCAGCAUGCAGCCUGUCUGCAUCUCCUCUGUCAACAGGUUCAUGAUCUGUCAAAGAGUUUGUGAGUUUACAGCAAAAUAAAGACUUGUUUACAGCUUAAGGGCCGACUAUUCCAAUCCGAUAUGAUCUAUAAAGCAGAUUUAAAAACAAAAGAAGUACAAUCAGAUCAGAAAAACAACAUCACAUUAAAACAGUGAAGUGAUACAGACCAGCCUAGAACAAGAACAUGCUAUACUUCAUGUUUUAUUUGUGCUGCUUUGAUGAUCUUUGAUGAUGUUUGUAAGCGCAGAUUAGACAGAAGUAUCUCAUCUGUGAAGAAAUGCAUGUUUAGUAGAUAUCAUUGCACUUCUUGAACCCAUAUCCAAGCAGCUGCAGUCCUUCUUUCAUAAACGCCCGAUUCUCCACAUUCCUCAGGCUGCAGAGAUUCCCCUCUGCCCCUGUGUCAACGCUUGGCCCCCGGCCGAGACAUGCUCACCAACAGGCCCCACGCUCUAUGGAAACUCUAGUCCUUCUCAAUGGACAAAUGCCUCAGCUGAGCCACAUACAGAUGGACAUACACACAAGCACAGUUGCACACUGUACAGAGCAAGAGGCAGGGUUGUGUAAGAGUGCCCGCAAGUUUUGCAGACUGCUGCAAACACACACACACACUCACACAAACAGGGUUCUCCCAUGGCCUCAGAGCAGACAGUGAAUCUCUGUGAACUGAGAUCUCUUUUGUUUACCCCGAGAGACAAUAAUGUGUCUGUUCUCUCUCUGUCUGUUUUCUAUCUCUUCCCCUCUUUCCUUUCAUUUGCUCUCUCCAUGCUCACCCCCUCUUUCUUUCUUUCAUCCUGCCUUCCCUCGCUGUACCUCAUCUCCAGGAUGACCAUCUGCGACCUCUACACCAUGCCCCGUGUGGCUGAGCCCGUCUGGUUGACCAUGAUGUCUGGAGCUUCAGAGAAGAACCAGCUCUGCGGUCACUUCAUGAGGGAGCUCUCCCUGUUGAUGGAGCAGGCCUCCAAGAACCAGUUGAGUGUCUCACACCUGGUCUAACGUCAGUCGAUGAAUGUCUACAAAAAUCUGUAUCAGAGCACAUUUCCAAAGCACGACACCAUCAGAGGGAUUAGUCCACUCUUUACACCAUAACACCCAGUCACUGUGGAAUCAGGCUUUUAAUGGAUGGACCUGCUCUGAGCUGAAAAGUAAUAAGAAAUCAAGCAAGCUCCCAGAUAUCAGGAAGGGAAAACAUGCGCAAAAGCACUCACACAUGCAUGUUUUUUUCCCCCACAUCUUUUCUUAGCGUGUGCUUCCUGGAUGAGCAUAUCUGAAGAAAACAUGUGGUUUUUACAUGAACCACCCAUUCUGUCUCACACUUGUACAUAUCCGUGGUCUUUCUUUCUAAGAUUCCAAUGCGCACACACUCACUCACACUCACACACACAGUGGAUGUUUCUCCCCUCUUUGCAUUUAUUUGUCAGCCACAGAGGGAGCUGUGAAAGAGAAGAUCCCUGCCAGGCUCUAAUUGCUUAUUGUAGCUGUUACAAAGCCCCGUCAAACCACUGCUAAUUGUACAUUUCUGAAUUGGUAGCAAGGCUUUUAUUGAACAUUACACCCUUAUUCAGUGGAGUUUAUUUAAGUAGCAUACAGCAAGCUGAACUGAAUAAUUACACCAAAUCACGAGACAAAAGGACAAGUUGCUAAUGCAUGACAAAAAUGCUAAUUUAUGUACUGUAGACACUUUAUGUUUAUUUUUAUGCUUUACCUCACAAGAGUCCAAAGCUUUAUAGAUAAAUAUAAAGGCAACAGAUAACCAUGUUUUGUUGUGGGAAAAAAAACCAAUAAAUUUUUCUCUAACUUUGCAACAAACCGAACAAACACACGCUUAGUCUGGGACACCUAUGGAGCAGCUUUCCAUGAUUUGCGACUCCAUGAUUUGCGAAAACUCCUUAUUUAUGUGAAAACCCCUGUUUUUAGUAUUAUCCACCCUCUGUCUCUUUUAGCUGCUCCAGCGAUACAAAGUUAGAAAAAAUCUCACUGUUGCAGAAACCUACAAGCCAGAUGUUGGAGCUGAAAAUGAUGUCACACCCAAGUUAACAGCAUUUCAGUUAACAAGUCGGAAAAAAGCAAAAUUGGAGGCCUGAAACAAGAUGGCUACGUCUACGAAAGUUAUUUUACUGCUUGCCUUAUAUCCGGACAAGUCGAGGGCUAAAAUAACUUUCAUAACGCUGGUAACUCGGGUGUGACGUCAUUUUCAUCUCGGACUUCUGACUUCUGAGAUAACUCGAACGCACCAUUAAUUUUCACACAGUUUUGUAGUUUUACAGAAAAUGUUUGAGGCUAGCUGGUAGUGCCCACUAACACACAUUAGAGGGACAUCCAACAUGGUAACAAACUGUAUGCAUUAAAGUAGUAAUCAGUGGAAUAGGUCCCUUUUGCGUGAAAACGAACUCGUGUAAUCAGUCGUUGCAAAGAUCGACUGUAUUGCUGCCCUUCCUUUUUGAUGGUAAUACCCGCACCACAGAACAUGAUCCAGUCUGGUUCCCAGUGUUCUUUUAAUCCCUGGCAGGCUUUCAUUGUUAACCGUCAACAGCAACACCGUCACCAAGGCAACUAUUAGUGUUUCACUUCUUAAUUACAGUCUCCAUUUCCAUCACUACUGGUUAAAAUGACUACCACACAACAACUUCAAAGCCUUGCGUCCCCAAGGCAACCAUUGGUCUGACUGUAUCACAUCACAUCUUUUCUUCAGAAAUCCCGUCAUCAUUUCCACAGUGAGAUACGAUGACUACUGCAGUAGCAUCUGCGCUCGUGCAUGUGAUUGAACUUGAGAACCAUGACGUAGUGAGUCAUGAGACAGGAAGUGAAAUAGACACUUGUGGUCUGGACUAAGAAGUGAAUCAUGCUUAAGGAAUGUGUGUAUCACUUCUUUGUGUGUCUGUGUACAUGCGUGUUGUUUGAGAACAAGAAUUCUCGUCAAGCUGAACUUGACCAGAAACUCUCGUUUAGUGAAGAACAUCUGAACUUAACCAAACUAGGUCAGAGAGAAAAUGGGAGACAAAGUGAUUUCUGUGUUCGGCAAAACGGUAAAUACAUUUUGAGGUUUUCUUUUCUCUCAGCUGACCGACUUGUGUGUGUCAUUUUAGAUUCCUCCCCGCGUUAUUGACAGCCAUCCUGACCAAUCACCUGGCCUGGGUGCCCACCGUCAUGCCCAAUGGGCAGCCUCCAAUCAAGACCUUCCUCGAGAAACACUCCUCUAAGAGCGUCGAUAUGCUGGCAAAGACGCACCCUUACAACCCGCUUUGGGCACAGCUAGGUGAGGCAAUCUAAACAAACACACACACAUACGUAGUUUAGACACAACUAGUUUAGCACUCAGAGGGUUGGACUGUAAAGACAAGCCAGUGUUUGGUCUUCGUCUCAGCUGAAGGUGGAACAGUUUCACUCCUAACGUGCCAUUAACUAGAGAGCUUAACGUCUUCUUUGAAUAUGAAUACAUUAAGUCAUCAAUCUUUAUUAUCUCUUUGUGUGUUUAUGGUGUAGCUGCAGGUUUAGAAAUCUGUCGGGCAGCAUUUCACGAUAAUGGUUUAAGGUGUUAAAGUGUGGCUGUAUCAAUUUAAGGUGUUGAAAUGCUGCUCUAACAAUAAAACAGCAGAAAGAAAACAGAAUUAAACACCUCGAACACAUGAAUAUCUCUCAAGUGUCAGCGUCAAUCUUCUCUGAUGAGAUGUUGAAAACAUGUUUUUAUCUCACUGGCAAGCCUGUUGCAUCAGUGGGGAUCCAGAGAUCUAUUUCAACAAACUUUCGCUGAUUUGAAAUAUUGUAAAUAGUGUUUGAUUUAUCACCUCCAGAGGCAGGUGUUGAUAUCCUAUAAAUACACAGAUCCCAUAAAGAAUAUUUUACACUUUGACCCCAUGUGACAUAGAAAACAAAUACCAAGAGACUCUAUGGUGACACCUUGUGUUUACAGCUGGUAACUACAUAUCAGAGCCUGUUUUUAUUUAUGUAUUUAUCAGUUUUUCAUGAAAUAACACACAGAACAAGAAUAAGACAACACAUAUCUUGACACAUUACAAGAGAAGAAAAGAAAAGAAGACACAAGUUACAAUAGCAUAGAAAUAGAUCAUAUCAGAUACAAACUCCUGACAUUAAUUGCCUGUUAAAGGGGAAAAUAUUACAGUGACAUUUCUGUAAAGACAAAUCGUGGAUGCUUUUAUUUAAUAAGCUAGCUAGAUCACUCGAAAAAUAAUCUACAAAGGUUUGCCAGAUAUUUAAUAAAGAGGUUUUCAUCAGCGUUCAGAUGAGGUGUUUCACAGGAGAAAAGAAACGUAAAUGUCUGUGCGAUUGCGUGACUGAGGAAAGCCUCAGUUUUCCAAAUGAAAGUUUCAAAUUAGGAAUGUUGAAUUAAUGAUGGUCAGAAAAUAGUUUAUUUUUCACUGUUUCUUUCACCAAACUGACGUAUUUCAGUCACUGAUCAGUCAUGCUCAUCAUUUUUCUGUCUCCUCGUGUAGGCGACCUCUACGGGUCCAUUGGGUCGCCUGUAAGGCUGUCGAGGACAGUAGUCGUCGGCCGCAGACAGGAGCUGGUCCAGAGACUCCUCUACGUCCUCACUUACUUCAUCCGCUGCUCAGAGCUGCUCGAGACCCACAUGCUGGACAGCGCUGAAGACGAGGCCAUUGUUAUGCCUGGCUCUCUCAUCACCACCUCCUUGAGGAAAGGAGAGGUGGAGGAGUCAGACUACGUCCUGGUGACCGUCCACAAACCCAGCAGGGACUAUUUGUCUGAAGGGGCCAGCGGUGGACAGACUGAGGCUGAGGACAGCAGCUACCCUUCAGACAACAGCCUCCAGAGCAGCACGUACACAGACACAGAGGUGGAGCACGGCACCGGAGACACACCUAAGGAGGAGGACGAGGAAGAGGAGGAGGAGGAGGAGGAGGAAGAUGAGGAGGACAGCAGUGAGAGUCAGGGCUCUCGGAGCAGUGUGCUUCAGUCAGGACACAGCCAGGGUAACAACCCUGACAUCAGGACUACAGAAAAAACUGAACUGCAUGAGCUUCGCAGGGAGUCCAGCAGCCCGCUCGCCACUGAGACUCGGCUGGAGACGGUGCUGCGUGUCGGUUCAGCUUCCCCCAGGGAGCAGAUCUCUGUGCUGGAAACAGAGACCAAGAGUGAUCCCAAACAACCCACAACACUUCCAUCAAGUCCAUCACCAAGUCCCGUCACAACGGAGAGUACGUACUCUGGGGCAGAGGCUGCGAUGGAUGCAGGCAGCCAGCUCCAGGCUUCUCGACCUUUGGAUAUCCCUCUUGAGAAGAAACCACCGGACAAGAACGCAGCUGUCACAGUACCGGUACCAAUAAGUGGGCCCAUGGCUUUGACUCUGACGGAGGAGGAAGAGCCGACAACUAAAGUCACUUUCCUCAUCGGGGACUCCAUGUCUCCCGAGUCGGACACAGAGAGCCGUGGAAGGAAGGUGGAGGAAGAAAUCAAAAAGCACAAGAAACACCUCAAGGACAAACAUCCGCUUCACCAGCAGCUGCUCCUGCAUCAGCAACAACAACAUCUCUAUCAACAUCAGCUGCAGAGAGGGGCGCAUUCAAAGACCAGCAACAGCAGUGCAACAGAGGACCAAAGCAAACAGACCAAGGCGGCUCCACCUCUCCAGCGGGUGUCAAGUAAGAUGCCUCAGUGGAACCCCAGCUGUAUGGAUGAUUUUGAUGAGUAUUUCAGUGUGGAGAACCCAGUGGAGACAAGGACUAUAGAUGAUGUGGCCAGACGACAGGAGGCCAGCACCACAGACAGUCUGCGCAAAGACCUGCUGGACCCCUCGGGACUCCCGCGAUCACGUGACUUGGGGGCUCUAAGUUUACAGGGUGGAGUCAGGGGUCAGACUUUGUGUUCAGGAAACAGAGAGGCAGGGUCCAGCAGAAGGGGGGACACUUUGCUGGAUGUCCAGAGGAGGUGCAGGUGCGGGUCCACGGACUCUUCUGACGCCUGCUGCUGCAGGGGCUGUUCUGCUGAGCAGGACAAGGGUCUUCUGUUGUCCGUCCCCAUCGCCCAGGAUGGAAGCAGCAGCAGCAAAGAGGACCAAAAGCGGAAAGCUGUGCCUCUCAACGACUGGGAGAUUCCACGCAACGAGAGCUCGGACAGCGCGCUGGGGGACAGUGAGAGUGAAGAGACGGAGGACUGGCAGGAGGAAGUGCUGGUACCCUUCCCUGGGUGAGUGAAGGAUCUACACAUUCAUCCACCACAACACUUCUUCACUGACUUUGUGCUCCUGCAUACAAAUAAGUAUUUACUCCGCCAUGUUGUGAUAAUAUAGAUGAAAAUAAUCAAUGCUGUUCGCUUGACUGUAGGUCGAAGUUGGUGGAGAACUACUCAAAGCCAACCAUCGCAAAUUUUGGCCGCUCUCUGUUUGGAGGUUACUGCCCCACUUAUGUGCCGGACUUUGUGCUGCACGGGAUGCCCAGUGACGAGAAGCUGCGACAGAGCCUCAUGGCUGAAUUAGGCCAUGCUGUCCAGGUAAAGGACUGAGAAAUUUACAUCUACAGGAAGAAUACAGACAGAAUUUGAAGUCUUGUUGCUGUUGUGAUGGAGAAUAAGUUUAAAUAGAUUUGUAUUUUGUGUUGAAGUUGGCAAGUGCACCAUAGUCCAGUCAUCUUCAAUCGCUUUUGUGUGAUUUAUGAGUGAACAAAUAAGCCACCGCACUGUUCCUUCAGCUUUGUUUUGAGCUUAUUUUGAACCUUUUUUGUUUGUCUCCUCUAGCAUCCAGUGCUGGAUGAGCCCAUCGCGGAGGCUGUCUGCAUUAUAGCAGACACGGACAAGUGGACAGUUCAGGUGGCGAGCAGUCAGAGGCGAGGCACAGAUGUCAACAAGCUGGGGAAGGAGGUCCUGGUGUCCAGCCUGGUUUCCAGUUUAUUACAGUCCACUUACCAGCUCUACAAACUCAACCUCUCACCCAACUUUGUAUGUCACCCCUGCUUUAGUCUUUGUACCUUUAUUUAUUUAUUUUUUUACAUAUGUACAGUUGUGAAUUCUUCGUUAUUAACCAUCUUUCUGCCUCUCCCCUCUACUUCUCAGUGUAUAAUGCACCUUGAGGACCGCCUGCAGGAAAUCUACUUCAAGAGUAAGAUGCUUGCGGAGUAUUUGAAGGGCCAGACAAGAGUCCAUGUGAAAGAACUGGGCAUGGUCUUAGGGUGAGUAUUUAACCCUAAAGUUAAGUUAAUGUAUUUGCCUCUUUAAGAUCCAGCAUUAGAAGAAAGUACAAGUUGUAUUGUUGUUAGUUUUUUUAACACACAGAUUACAGUAGCUGCUGCAACAUCCUGAUCAUUCUUUUGUUUUGUUUUAUUUGAACAGGAUCGAGUCCAGUGACCUUCCCCUGUUAGCCGCAGUGGCCAGCACUCACUCCCCCUAUGUGGCCCAGAUCCUGCUAUGA